AUGUUCAUUGCCCAUUGUUCUCGUAUUGUUCAGGGCAGCCUGGCCUGCCUGACCCCUCCUCCUCCUCCUCCUGCAUCUUGCCUACCGUCCUUCUCCCUCCGCCAGGCUCCCAAAGACGAACCGCUACCCCCGCCCACCACAGCCAACGAGCAGACCAGGUACCGCUUCUACGCAACCAACCCCGCCGAGCACCGCCGCGAGCAGCUCGGCCUCGACGCCCUCAGCCCCGCCGAGCGACAGACCUGGGCCAACGCCGCCUUCCUCCCACGCCUCGCCGCGCGCCAGGCCCACCUGCCGCCCAAGGCCGACCGCGAGUUCUGGAAGCAGGCCGCCCGCGAGUCGCUGCCGCCGCGCCGCCUCCGCGCCGCCGCCGGUCAAAAGACGCACGCCUGGGGCCCCGACCGCCACGGCCGCGACAUCGGCGACCUCCCGCUCGACCAGUUCGCCGAGCGCGCACGCAGGCAGGCGAGCCUCGCCGCCCUCGAGGCGCUGCACCGCCGGUUCCGCCAGAGGCGCGAGUUGGCCGAGAGCGGCCUGCUGGGGACCUGA